UUGUAAAAGUGUUAAAAUGCCCUCGCAGGAUGACAAGAAGAAGAAGAAAAAGAAGAAGAAGAAGAAGAACAAGGAUGACCAGAGAGAGUAUGUCUGGGACACUGUUAUCCUAUGUCACGAUGAUGAACUGGAGCCCAAUAGUUCAGAUAGUAGUAGGAUGAUAAGCAAGGACUUCAACUCAUCGGAUGACGAGGAUGACAAGAAGAAAGACAAGAAGAAAAAGAAGAAGAAGGACAAGAAGAAGAAGAAAAAGAAGAAGAAGGAUUGUUCUUCAUCUUCAUCUGACAGUUCAUCGUCCGACAGCGAGGAUGAAAAGAAAAAGAAGAAGAAGAAGAAGAAGACGAAGAAGACGAAGGUAUGCUCUUCGAACCAGUAUAUCAAAGGAAGGAGGACUUGA